AUGGCAAUUAGAGGAGAGCUCCGAAAUGAGGCUCAGAUCAACUUAACCUUGCUGAAAAGGGUCUUGGGCACACUUAAAAGGGAUAUGGUUGUAAUUGGAAAAGGGAUAGGAAACUUGUCUAUGUACCCAUUUCGUGAAUUAAUGAAGGCUAUUUUAAUGCAUGAGUUAUCUGUGCAGAAGCAAAAAGGGCUGAAGAGGAAAGGGGAGAAAGGGCAGUUGCAAGCUCUGCAAGGAGCAAAUAUGUUCGAUUCAGUAGACACUAGUAACCCUGGUUCAGAGUUCGAUUCAAUUUUUCCUCCAAGGAUCCAAAUCCCAAGCUUCAAGAAAUUCAGUGGGACCGAGCGCCCAUUUGCUCAUUUAGGAAUGUAUCUCCGAAAGAUGGUUGCGCAUGCUGACAACGAUGAUCUACUCUUCUAUUGUUUUCGAGAUAGCUUAACUGAGGAGGCUCUAGCAUGGUAUAACCGAGUAAAAGUUUGCACCUGGGAGAAUUUGACUCACGCUUUUGUUGCUCAAUAUAGUCAUGAUGCAACUUUAACUGCAAAGAGUAUGGAGGAGAGGACAAGCGAGUGCUCUCAUCAAAGGAAAAAGACGAUAGCACUGGGUCACCCUUUGACUGAAAAAGGGAAGGUAGUUCAUCGAUGUGAUGACCCUCUAGAAAGGACAUGUGUUGUAUGUUUCCCUAGAGGCACCCCCCGGAAUGGUCCCGAUUGGGUAGUCACCAAAGGAAGAAUUAAAGGGGCAAUCAAUACUGGGCAAGCAAGAUACACCAAGUCCGAGCAAAUUCUGCCCGAAGGGGUCGGUAAAAACAAAGAUGAAGAAGCCCAGAUAAUCCAAGGGAGGCAUUGUCAAAAAAGCCAGCACUGUGGGCAUAGAAACAAUUUCGGACCCAGCACUAAUAGGAUAGCAUGA